UUGCCCAGCACUUUCCAAGGCCGGUCAGAGAACGAAACCUUGCCUCGGCGUCAGGGAGCCAAAUCAGUGGGCAAAUCUGCAUAUAUCACAAAGAUGGAGGCUGAAAUGGAGGAUUUCGAGGAACACAUCUGUCUCUCUGACCAUUCAGCAAGCAGUAAUUUGCCUCGCACUUUCGAAGACCAGUCAGAGAACCGAGCCUUGCCUCGGCGCCAGGGAGCCAAAUCAAUGGGCAGACCUGCAUACAUCACAAAGAUGGAGGCUCAAAUGGAGGAUUUCGAGGAACACAUCUGUCUCUCUGACCAAUCAGCAAGCAGUAAUUUGCCUCGCACUUUCGAAGACCGGUCAGUGAACCGAGCCUUGCCUCGGCGCCAGGGAGCCAAAUCAAUGGGCAGAUCUGCAUACAUCACAAAGAUGGAGGCUGAAAUGGAGGAUUUAGAGGACCACAUCUGUCUCUCUGACCAUUCAGCAAGCAGUAAUUUGCCUCGCACUUUCGAAGACCGGUCAGUGAACCGAGCCUUGCCUCGGCGCCAGGGAGCCAAAUCAAUGGGCAGACCUGCAUACAUCACAAAGAUGGAGGCUGAAAUGGAGGAUUUCGAGGAACACAUCUGUCUCUCUGACCAAUCAGCAAGCAGAAGUUUGCCUCGCACUUUCCAAGGCCAGUCAGAGAACCGAGCCUUGCCUCGGCGCCAGGGAGCCAAAUCAAUGGGCAGAUCUGCAUAUAUCACAAAGAUGGAGGCUCAAAUGGAGGAUUUCGAGGAACACAUCUGUCUCUCUGACCAAUCAGCAAGCAGUAAUUUGCCUCGCACUUUCGAAGACCAGUCAGAGAACCGAGCCUUGCCUCGGCGCCAGGGAGCCAAAUCAAUGGGCAGACCUGCAUACAUCACAAAGAUGGAGGCUCAAAUGGAGUCCAAGGAUUUCCAGGACCGCACCUGUCUCUCUGACCAAUCGGCAAGCGGUAAUCUGUCUUGCACUUUCCAAGAUCGGUCAGAGAACCGAGCCUUGCCUCGGCGUCAGGGAGCCAAAUCAAUGGGCAGAUCUGCAUACAUCACAAAGAUGGAGGCUCAAAUGGAGGAUUUAGAGGACCACAUCUGUCUCUCUGACCAAUCAGCAAGCAGUAAUUUGCCUCGCACUUUCGAAGACCAGUCAGAGAACCGAGCCUUGCCUCGGCGCCAGGGAGCCAAAUCAGUGGGCAAAUCUGCAUAUAUCACAAAGAUGGAGGCUGAAAUGGAGGAUUUAGAGGACCACAUCUGUCUCUCUGACCAAUCAGCAAGCAGUAAUUUGCCUCGCACUUUCGAAGACCAGUCAGAGAACCGAGCCUUGCCUCGGCGCCAGGGAGCCAAAUCAGUGGGCAAAUCUGCAUAUAUCACAAAGAUGGAGGCUGAAAUGGAGGAUUUAGAGGACCACAUCUGUCUCUCUGACCAAUCAGCAAGCAGUAAUCUGCCUCGCACUUUCCAAGGCCAGUCAGAGAACCGAACCUUGCCUCGGCGCCAGGGAGCCAAAUCAAUGGGCAGACCUGCAUACAUCACAAAGAUGGAGGCUCAAAUGGAGUCCAAGGAUUUCCAGGACCGCACCUGUCUCUCUGACCAAUCAGCAAGCGGUAAUCUGUCUUGCACUUUCCAAGACCAGUCAGAGAACCGAGCCUUGCCUCGGGUUCAGGGAGCCAAGGUAGUGGGCAGAUCUGCAUAUAUCACAAAGAUGGAGGCCCAGAUGGGGUCCAAGGAUUACCAGGACCGCAUCCAAGCCAUCGACCAGAUAGUCGAAAGCUGCUGCCUGAAUCCUGCCAUGGUCACAGCCUGCAUAUUCCCAGUUUUUGACAACAUCAGGGGCAGGCUUGUGGAGUCCAACAGAAUUAUCAACUUGCACAUGCUGAAGGCACUGGAUGCGAUCAUCCCCCAGGUGAAGGAGAGCUUGCCCAAGGUGGCCAAUAUCGUGAUCCCUGCAAUUGUGGACAACCACUUCAACUCCAGGAACCCAGCCAUCUCCAGUGCUGCCCUGGCCGCCAUGCAUGCCCUCGUGCAAAAUCUAGAUAACACCAUAAUGGUGGAGAUUUUGGCCACCAAGGCCCAGCUAAUUGGUGGACAGGCUAAGUUGGACCUCACUCAUACCGUGGCAGACAUGGUGGAGGAGGCGUACUCCCGGAAGCCCAAGAUGGUGGAAAAGGAAGUGCUUCCCCUGCUGUGGCACAUGCUGGCCGUCAGCAGUAACAGCGCCGCCACGGGCGCCUUGCUCAGCGCACUGCACAGCCAGAUGGGGACCAAGCUGAGGACGCACGCCGCGUCACAGCCCUUCACUAUCACCAAGUGCCUGGACCACUUCCUCCGUACCGUCUGAUGGACCCCGACCUGCCCGCAAGCUGCACGCCGGAAUUCAGAGUGUGCCACUGGCCGCCACUGCAAGUUCUGCCGAACCCCGAUGCGUUUUGCGCAAUUUGUUCUCAAGUCGGCAAGCAUUCAGCAAGAUAAUCCAGUAAUUUUACUAACGUUUAACCAGCCAGUUAGCUAGACGUCACGGUCACUCAGCUACUUAUCUGCUUGACUGGGCUGUCUGGCUGGCUGCCUGGUAGACUGAACUGUCCUGAUACAUUAAAAAAAAAAAAAAAAAAAAAUUUAAAAGAAUUACAAAACAUUAAAAAAAAAAACAUAUUGCAGAUUACAUUGAUUCUUGUACAAAUUAAAUGCAACUAGCUAGUGUUUUUGGCUAAAUGGCUGGGCUGUACAGCCAAAUGGGUUAUCUUGUUAUCUUGGUACCUUAACAGUUAUGCCCAGUUAG